AAAAAAAAAAAAAAAAAAAAGAAAAGAAAUGAGUCAAGCACAGCCUCAAAGGCCUGCCGAAGAUAACCAGGAUCCGAUCAAAUACGGCGACGUUUUUGACGUCUCCGGCGAGUUGGCCUCCAAGCCCAUUGCCCCUCGUGAUGCUGCCACCUUGCAGGCCGCUGAGAAUAUGGUCCUCGGCCAGACUCCUCGUGGCGGCCCUGCUGCGGUUAUGCAGUCCGCUGCCAAUCUCAACGAACGUGCUGGGCUUGUUGGUCACUCCGACGUGACCGAUGUUGCUGUAAACGAAGGUGUGAAUGUGACUGAAACAGUCGUUGACGGUCAACGAUUCGUGGUUGAGUCGGUGGGCGGGCAGGUUGUGGGACAAUUUGUCCAGCCAAAUGUUCCAAUGAGAUCUCCUGGAGCAACACUCGACAAAGAUUCAAUCAGCAUUGGAGAAGCUUUAGAAGCCAGCGCAGUCAGUGCCGGAGACAAGCCGAUUGAUCAAAGCGACGCGGCCGCAAUCCAAGCGGCCGAGCUUCGUGCCACCGGGGAAAACAAGAUAAUCCCAGGUGGCAUUGGAGCGGAGGCACAAUCGGCUGCCACCCUCAACACUCGAGCCAUGCGCAACGAGGAUAAGACAACACUUGGCGACAUUCUAACUGAUGCGACACGUAAGUUGCCAGGAGAUAAGACGGUGACAAAGGAAGACGCAGAGAGGGUAAUAAGUGCGGAGAUAAGGAACGCCCCAACAAUGGCUACCACCCCGGGAGGGGUGGCAGCGUCGGUGGCAGCCGCAGCAAGGCUUAAUCAACGACAGGGGUAGCAUAGCAACGACAGGGGUAGCAUACUAUAUUUUGAUCAUAUAGUAGUAAGUUCUUCUUUUGCUUUAUUUCAUGGAGUCGAGAAGUUGUCAAGUGGUUGUUUACUGGGUUGUUAUCUUUUUUUUAGGAGGUGUGUUUCUAGUGUGUGUAGUGUUAUAUUUUAUAAUUAGACUUUUAAUAGUGGUUUUGAGAGGAUACGUAUGUCUUUUUUGUUGGAACCAAGUUAUUGUAUAUCUAAAACUAUUUCUUUCUUUAAAAAGGAAAGGUAAAGGCAAAGGUAGAAAAAUGCAUGGGAUUAAUUAACUUGCAAGUGUA